AUGCCACCAAAAGAAAGACCACAACCAAAGAAAUGGAAGCCUCCAAAGGGCCCUAAACCAAUUCAACGUAAGAAUAAAAAUACUAUUGGAUUAGGUAGAGCCAUUCAAAGUGCUCGUAAGCAAGAAAAUGUAGUUGAAUAUUUACCUGAUGGUGAAAUGAGAUUCACAACGGACAAGCACGAAGCAAAUUGGGUCAAGUUGAGAUCUGUGACUCAAGAAUCUGCAUUGGAUGAAUUUUUGAGUACUGCUGAAUUGGCAAAUAAAGAUUUUACAGCAGAUAGACAUUCUAAUGUUAAAAUUAUUAGAAUGGAUAGUAAUAUGGAUGCUCGUACCCAGCCUGUUGGUAUGACUAAUGCACAGAAGGAGAAAUUGAACGCCAAACAAAGAGAACAUGCUAAGGAUUUGAUUGUUCCAAGAAGACCCUAUUGGGAUGAAUUUACUACUAAAACAGAAUUGCAAAGACAAGAAGGUGAAGCAUUUUUAGAAUGGAGAAGGAAGCUUGCUAAUUUACAGGAAUCUAAUGAGGAUUUAUUACUGACACCCUUUGAACGAAAUAUUGAAGUUUGGAAACAAUUAUGGAGAGUGGUGGAAAGAUCAGAUCUUGUUGUUCAGAUCGUGGAUGCAAGGGAUCCUUUGUUGUUUAGAUCAGUUGAUUUAGAAAGAUAUGUCAAAGAAAUUGAUGAAAGAAAACAAAAUUUACUGUUGGUUAAUAAGGCUGAUUUAUUGACUAGAAAACAAAGAAUUACAUGGGCCAAAUAUUUUAUUUCAAGAGGAAUCUCAUUUACAUUUUACUCUGCUUUGAGAGCCAAUCAAUUAUUAGAAUUAGAAAAGGAAACCUCAGAGUUUGAUCAAGAAAGAAUGGUUCAGAUUGAUGAUGAAGUCACCGAAGAUGAAGAUAUUGAUGAAGAAGUUAAGGAGAAGAUUUCUAUUUUAAGUAUUGAUCAAUUGGAAGAGUUAUUUUUGACUAAAGCACCAUCAGAACCAUUAACAGAACCAUUACCUGGUAAAAAACCCAUAUUGCAGAUUGGUUUGGUUGGUUAUCCAAAUGUCGGUAAGUCAUCUACAAUUAAUUCUUUAGUUGGGGCUAAGAAAGUGUCUGUUUCAUCUACUCCUGGUAAGACCAAGCACUUUCAAACAAUUAUGUUAUCAGAUUCCGUUAUGUUAUGUGACUGUCCUGGUUUAGUGUUUCCAAAUUUUGCUUAUAAUAAAGGUGAGUUGGUCUGUAAUGGUGUUUUACCCAUUGAUCAAUUACGUGAUUAUGUUGGGCCAUCAAAUUUGGUAGCACAAAGGAUACCCAAGUAUUAUUUGGAGGCUAUUUAUGGUAUUCAUAUUCAAACUAGAACAAAGGAAGAAGGUGGUGAUGGUGUGACUCCAACUGGUCAAGAAUUAUUAGUUGCUUAUGCUAGAGCUCGUGGUUAUAUGACACAAGGUUUUGGUUCUGCUGAUGAGUCUCGUGCUAGUCGUUAUAUUUUAAAGGAUUAUGUCAAUGGUAAAUUAUUGUAUAUUAACCCACCUCCACAUAUCGAAGAUGACACUCCAUAUACUUUGGAAGAGUGUCGUGAAUUUAAUAAAGAUUUAUAUACAUUUGAUAGGCUCCCAACCACCAGGAAAGAACAAAUUAGAGAAGCAGCAAAAGCUAAAGGUAUUGAUGUUGUCGAUUUAGCUCGUGAUUUAAAAAGCUUGACAUUUGCUGCUCAUACUGGUGGUACAGAUACCAAGGAAGCUAUGUCUGUUACACAUGGCGGUAAACAAGCUGCAUUGUAUAAUGCUGCAGAGGAUUUAGAUAAGGAGUUUUUCAAGAUGAAUAGUAUUGAAGGGAAAUUGACUGAUCCAUUUCAUAGACAAAAUGGUAAUGGUAGCAAUUCCAAAAAACAUAACAAGAAAAACAAGAAAGCAAGAAAGAAGGCACUUAUGAUGGCAGAUUGA